CCACAUCAUUGCUUCUCUUCUUGCUCUUUGUAUGCUCUUCUCCCUCACAUCCAAAGCCACCCCAACCACAGUUCUGAGGUGUUUACUCCCCACCACCGCUGCCGCCACCAAGCUCUCCUUCUUUAAGAAACAUCCACCUGUCCAACUUGUCUCAGCCUUCAAGCCUCGCCGGAGAUCUUUUCGACCUUCUUUCGCCACCAUGGCCUCAGGCGGCCAGCAGUUCCCUCCCCAAACCCAGGAGCGCCAGCCCGGCAAGGAGCAUAUCAUGGAACCCACCCCUCAAGCCGUCCGCCAUGACUACAAAGCGGCCAACAAGCUCCAAGGAAAGGUGGCGCUGGUGACGGGAGGAGACUCCGGCAUCGGUCGCGCCGUGUGCUACUGCUUCGCCAUGGAGGGCGCGACCGUCGCGUUCACCUACGUCAAGUCGCAGGAGGUUAAGGAUGCUGAGGACACCCUCCAGAUGCUCCGGGGAAUAAAGAAGGGAACCGACGCCAAGGACCCGAUCGCCAUCCCCGCCGACCUCGGUUUCGAACAGAAUUGCCGCAAGGUGGUGGAGGAGGUGGCCGGCACGUAUGGCCGCAUCGACAUCCUCGUCAACAACGCCGCCGAGCAGUCUAUCAAGACCUGCAUCACCGAGAUCUCCGAGGAGCAGCUCGAGCGCGUCUUCCGGACCAACAUCUUCUCCUAUUUCCUUACAACCAAGUGUGCGGUGAAGUAUAUGAAGGAGGGAAGCUGCAUCAUCAACACGACGUCGGUGAACGCGUACAAAGGCAACGCCAUGCUGCUUGACUACACGGCGACCAAGGGGGCCAUCGUCGGGUUCACGAGGGGGCUGGCGCUGCAGCUGGCGGAGAAGGGGAUACGCGUCAAUGGUGUCGCGCCGGGGCCGGUGUGGACGCCGCUGAUCCCGGCCUCCAUGUCGGAGGAGAUGGUGGCCAACUUCGGAAAGGAGGUGCCGCUGGGCCGCGCCGGGCAGCCGCACGAGAUCGCGCCUUCCUACGUCUUCCUCGCCUGCUCCCAGGAUUCCUCCUACAUCACCGGCCAGGUCAUCCACCCCAACGGUGGUACUGUUGUGAACGGCUGAAGGAUUGGAGAAUAUAGUAUGAAGUUCUGGUGUUGCUGGUGUUCUGGUUUUGAUGGUCCGGGUGUUGGUAGUAUAUAUGUCAUGGUUUCAUUUUGGGUGAGCAUAUAUGGUACGUGUAUUGUAGCAGCUGGUCAUAUAUAUAGAUGGUGCUUUGAUGUUCCAUAGUCUGUACCUACAGAUGGUUUGUCUAUUGAAUAAAAGUUAAUGGCUACUGGCAAUGGCACCCGCGCUUGGUAGCUGGUUUUGGUUGCAAUGAAAUGAAAGAGAAAAAAAUGCCAAUAUUUUUUA